AUGUUGGGAAGCGAGGCUAUGGACUGUCUGUCCAGCUAUUCCGCUGUCGCGGGGCUGUUGACAAAGAAAGUGGUGGUUGUUCAUCCAAUUGUGCUGCUGUCGGUUGUUGAUCAUUAUAACCGUGUAGCUAAGGGAGAUGAAUGGCAUGCAACAAACUCAUUUGCUCUUCCCUUUGAGGAAGAUAAUAAGGACCCUAAUGUAUGGUUCUUAGAUCAAGAUUAUCUACAACAAUUAUUUAUUAUGUUCAAAAAAGAUAUGGUGGUACCAGCAAAGGCAUAUUGUGCAAUAGAAGAACCAACAACAUCUAAGGCAUUUAGGAAAUCUUUUGUAUAUGUUGCAUGCACUAUUGGUGCGUAUGAGGCAGAGGAGGUUGGUGUAGAGCAUCUUCUUAGAGACACAAAAAAUGCAACAACUUCAACACUCGCAACAAAAGUAGGGGACCAAUUAGAGACACUAAAGAUGUUAGCUCGUCGUCUUCGUCUUAUUGCUGAUUAUCUCUUAGAUGUUGCAGAAGGAAAUCUAAGAGGAAAUGCUACUAUUAUCUAUCAUGUACAGGAAAUAUUUAACUUACUGCCUGAUACAAGUCGGCCUGAGCUACAAAAAGCGUUUGCUACACAAACUAAUGAUAGCAUGAUGACUCUUUAUCUUGCAACUGUAGUUCGUUCGGUGUUGGCUUUGCAUAAUUUAAUUGACAAUAAAAUUCAAAACAAGAGAGAUGCAGAGCAAAAGGAAAAGGAGGCAACAAAGGCAGAAGAAGAAAAGCAGAAAAAGGCAGUGGAGGCAUAA